AUGGAUUUAACAGCCUUUCCAGAAUACAAUGGAUCUUGCCAUCCAGAAGAUUGGCUUCGUAGAUUUAAAUUCGUUGCAACCGUUCAAGAAAAGAUAUCAUCGGAAUCUGAACUAAUUAGUCUUGCACUCUUAAAAAUUAGUCGCUCAAUUUAUAGAAAUGACAAUAAUAAAAUUAACAAUUUCUCGCAACUUCUUGAUUUUCUUAAAGCCGAUACUUCAUUUCAUAUUUUUAAAAUCGAAGCAGAACAAAAACUUUUGGCUUUACGGUUUACACAUUUAGAUGAUGUGAAAGAUUUUAUAAUUGAACUACAGCAAUUGCUAGCUGACGCUGAAAUUUUUGAUCUUAAUUUACAAAAACAGUCUAUACUAAAAAUUUUACCUACUAAAUUUUCAGGCACAUUUAGUUUAAAAUUUUCCAAUUCUCAAAAUGUUGUUGAUGUUUUUAUAAAUCUUCAAGAUUUUCUAUAUCAAUAUAAACGAGUAGUUAAGUAUGGGUCAGUAAUUACUUUACGUCAUAUCAAUACUGAAAAACUAUUAUCAAGUUCACUGCAUAGAUAUACCGGUGGAACAAAGCAGUAUUGGGCAUAUGCAGUAGAUUGCCGUGUAACUGGUCCAACUGACAAUGAAUUAUGGACAAUAAUGGCAGUAAAUAAUGGCAACAAACAAAGAGGUUCAGUCGUGUGUUAUGGAGACGAAAUUACACUUCUAAAUAAUGGUACUGGACAAAAAUUACAUUCACAUGAACUUAAUGAAAUUUGCAAAAAUCGUAAAUCUCCAAUAACUUCUCAACAGGAAGUUACAUGUCAAACUUGGAACAAUCUGGAUGAUAAUUGGGCUGUUCAGCAUGGUGUUUAUAAUAUAACUUCUGAAGACAAGGAGCCCUGGGUUGAAUGUCAUAAUAUCAUUCUUAUGCAUGUUAGUUCUAAAUUGGGAUUAAAUAGUCAUCAGUAUAUGUUGAAUAAUGAAUACCAAGAGGUUACAUGUUUUGGAGAUAAAGCCAAUACUUCGAAGUGGCGAGUUGAAAUCUUGAAUGACUUGUUUCAAAAAACUUAA